AUGAGAUGGAAAAUUUCAAUUUUACAAACAAUUUAGAAAGUCACAACCACCAAAUCCAUCAAUGCUUGACGUCCAAAGAAAAUCCAUCUCAUUUUAUCUACAAUUUCAAUACCCCAUCAAUUAAGCUCUCAUUUCCUUUCUCACACCCACACUACACUCACUUUUAUCCAACAAUGUUAACAGGCAGCGACUUUGCAGCUCCGGGGCGAGUCGAGGGUGAUAAUGCUGCCGAGCCAACCCCCAGAGUACUCAUCAUAUUAGCCUUCGUCCUUGACCGGCUGGUGGCUCGUAACGACCGCCUCUUAAAUGAGCUAAGCCAACAGCUGGAAGAGUUGGGUUGCUGCAGCUCUUCCUCUAACCAUUUAGGAAACAGCUUCAAUGCUUUCCAUGGAGUCCGAGCUCCAACCAUCUCUAUAUUGAAGUACUUGGAGAGAAUUUACAAAUACACCAAUUGUAGCCCUUCUUGUCUUGUGGUUGGAUUCGUUUACAUCGAUAGGUUGAUCCAUCGACACCCCGACUCCCUUGUCAUCUCCUUGAAUGUUCAUCGCCUUCUCGUCACAAGUGUAAUGGUUGCGUCUAAGAUGCUUGACGACGUGCACUAUAACAACGCGUUUUAUGCCCGAGUGGGCGGGGUGAGCAAAGGAGAGUUGAAUAAGCUGGAAUUAGAGAUGCUUUUUUUGUUGGAUUUUGGAGUGACGGUUAGUUCAAGGGUUUUUGAAACUUAUUGCUGGCAUUUGGAGAAAGAGAUGUUGUUGAAUGGCAAUGGGGAGAUGCAAAGAGUGGAAAGACCCUUGAUUAUGCCUACUAACACUUUGGACGACGUCUCCGAAAUUUCAGUCGACGACACUCUUCUUGUUUCUUCUUCACCACCUUAGUUAACAUCUUCCUCAUCAUAUUCAUUGUUUUUUCUUCUCUUCUCUCUGCUUAUUCGAUAUAUAUUCUUGUAUAUACGAUGUUUGUUUCUUGUUCAACAAUUGAGAGAAUUGAGCCUCUAAGCUUGAAGUUGAUGGUUAAAGUUUAUACUAGGUGAACUAUGUUGGGAAAUGGCCAAAAACAAGACACAUUUGUUGAGGGAGAAAAAUACUUCUAUGUUGGUUUUUCAAAUAUAAUGACUUUUGGUAGAAAUAAAAGGGAAAAAGUCCAAGUUGUUCUUAA